AGGCGGGGGCUUAGUUGGUCUGGGAAAUGAGCCUUGCCGACUAAAAUGGUAGAAAAAGAAAAAGAAACACAUGCUUCCAUGUCAGCACUCAUCACCGAUUACCCACAAAAAGCUGAGAUUGAUGAUACCCAAAACACUGUUGAGAGAGACAGAGAGUAAAAGGAGAGAUUCUGUACAAAAAGUUAAAGCAUUAUAGGUCUCGAAACAAAUUAAAGUAUACCUACAGUGAAGGGUGCCCAAAAUUUGAAGGAAGUUAAAGAGCAGCAAGCGUUAGAUCUCUCUGUGUUACGCAUUUCACACUAUUUACUGUAUGUACUGAAUUUUCCGUGCCAUGCAGUAAGAGAGCAUCUGGUCGUCAGCCAACAUAGCAUUAAGGAGAAGUUUAGAAGUAAUCAAGUCUCAGUACUGUUUGUCACUCCUAAUAGACCUCAACAGCCAGUUUCCUUCUUUACAGUUAUCUUACAGAUCCCCUAUUGUUCCACAUAAUACAUAUUUCAUAAUUCCUUUACCACUUUCAACACUUAGAUCGGACUAUAUAUUGAUGCUUUCCAUCUCGAUAUUUGUGAUUAGGAAUUUUCUCCAUUCUCAUAAUUGUUUGAAACACUGUACUGGUAUUGGCACGGACAAACUGCAUGUUAUAAAUGCACAAGUUCCAGUGUGAUGGAUAAGAAAACUUCACAUCAAACUGAUGAAGGCCACAAGGAAGGUUGUUUACCUAUUGAGAACGAAGAGUCAAUAUCUUACACUGCCUCACAUCAUAUUGUAGACAAGGAGGCGGGUUUGGCAACCUGUCGAGUAUGUCAAUGCGUUGAAUCCGAUGGAGGGUGCGAUGCUGCACUGGGAUUUUUGGGUAUUUCUCCACCAUCUUGUGAUGUAAAUAAUAGCAACUUUGAGGUCAAUACUAAUGCCAAAGUCCUGUUGAAAAAUGUGCCAAAUGAUUCUGGUUACAGAAACGAUGAAAAAGGUUCUACCUUUGUUGAAUUUAUUAGCCCGGAUGGCGAUGUUUUUGUUUGCAGUACUGAUGUAGAAUUGGGUUAUGAUCACAACCAAGACAGGCUAGUUGAGCUAGGGUGUGCUUGCAAAAGCGACCUUGCUCUAGCACAUUAUGCUUGUGCACUGAAGUGGUUUAUCAACCAUGGAUCAACCGUCUGUGAAAUUUGUGGUUCUGUGGCAAAAAACAUAAGAUCUGCAGACUUUAAAAAAGUCUUGAGUGCUUUGAAGGAGUAUGAAGUUUCAAGGGAAAGGAUUGUGAAUGGGGAGCCUAAUCCUGCACCACUGGCAACAAAUUUUGGUGUAGAUCCCGUUGCUGUUGCUGCAAUUCGAAGACAAAGGCUAAGUGAAAUUUCAUUGUGGUUUAAUCCUCACAGCAACUCUUCCACUGUGUCCCAGGUGGUUAGUGAACCACCUUCUACUAAUAUGGUCAUGGAAGAAGGUGCCGCUGCAGAAAAUACUGCAACCAAAUGGGCUGUAGAAGGCACUGGGAUCUUGCUUGCUACAGGCCUUCUGACUGUUACUCUUGCAUGGCUUAUUGCCCCUUAUGUUGGAAAGAAAACUGCCAAAAAUGGUCUUCACGUUCUCCUUGGAGGAAUAUGUGCUUUGACAGUUGUAGUUUCCUUUCGCUUUUUUGUGCUGACCAGAAUCAAGUAUGGACCUGCUCGAUACUGGGCAGUUUUGUUCGUCUUCUGGUUUCUCGUGUUUGGAAUAUGGGCGUCAAGAACCCACGGUGAUCAUGCAAAAUGAUUCCUUCACAUUUCCCCCUUUUUUUUCCUUUUCUUUUUUUAAGAAAACUCGAUGCACAUAUGUCCAGUCUUUUAUAGAGCCGAUUUAUCCAUCAGUUUAGCAAAAUAAAACUUCGCAUUAAUGUAUUUAGAGAAAAUAUGACAUUCGUAUAACAAGCUCUCCUUUUGGGAUGAUGGUUAAACUAUGCAAGUGUUAUUUGCUCAGACAGAGAUGUGACCUAUUUCUAUGAAUGAAAAUUCUAUUUGAUUUUGUUAA